GCCAUACCUACCUGGGUCUGCCUGGCUAGGCUGGGCGUAGGGGGCUAAACAGCCUAGCCGAUCCGCUGUCAGCUCCUUUGGCUCUUAUUCGUAUAGCGUCCGCUUUGAUUGGCGGAUGGCGCAGAAGAGCCGGGACUUGGCAUCAGAAUCGCCAGGUUAAAAUUCAGAAUGUUGGGUAGCGUCAAAGUCACCAACCGUUACAGUAUCGAUUCAGGGCCCUUUGGGACUGUUGUUAAGACUGUCUCUCUCAUCGGCGGCCCAUUGUCGAAGAUUAGCUGCUGCUCAUUGCCACGGUCAUGGUUCGACAUAUCGUUCCAUCAUGACCUGACGGACACCGAGAUAGAUCAUAACUAUUUCUUUCCCAUUGUCACGUCCCUUACCGCCUCUUCACUUCCUGUCUACACUUCCUGUCUACACUUCCUGUCUCCAGUUCCACCUUUAGCCUCUCUAUUCUUAAUAAUAAGCUUCGCUGUCACUGAGUGUUACCGUUGCGAGCUGUCCAACACUCUCUCCUCCCAUUGCUCCACCCAUCCUGCUAGUCACAUAGCCUCCUAGCCGCCUCCAUCGAAUUUAUACAUAUCCAAUCGAACGAUUCGUCGCGCAGAACCAUUCUUAAUGAGUCAAACAACGAGCACCUCGAUUUCGACCCUCCAAGAGGACCUCGCCACUCGACGGUCCACAUACCAUGAGGCCGAGGUCGUGGUAGUGGGCGCGGGCGUCUUUGGAUGCGCCGUUGCCAACGCCCUUGCAAACCAGGGACGCAGCGUCAUCCUCCUAGAGAGGUGGAUGAAGGAACCCAACCGCAUAGUUGGCGAAUUGUUACAGCCCGGUGGUUACAAGUCGCUGGAGAGGCUAGGUCUAGAACACUGCGUUGAGGAGAUCGAUGCGGUAACAAAUGUCGGUAUGGACGUGAUAUGGUACGGCAAGGAUAUGUGCAUGAAGUACCCGUAUCCCAACGAAGGGAAGCGCGCAGCCUUCCGGUUGUCGGAACUACCGGUGAACAACAAGGGCAGCGCAUCCAAAGCCACUAUCGGAAAGGCAAAGCAGGAGGAGGAAGACCCCCGUAGGCCCAAAGGCCGAAGUUUCCAUCACGGUCGCUUCAUAUCGCAAUUGCGGAAAACAUGCAUGAAGAACCCCAACAUCACCAUAUUUGAGACCGAAGCUAUAGCCACCGUUAAGGGCGACAGUUCAAACGAGAUUCUGGGGGUUCAAACACUGACCGUGAAUCCCAAGACGGGACAGAAAGAACCGGAUUGUUUCUUCGGCCAAUUGACUAUCAUCGCCGACGGCUACGCCUCCAGAUUUCGUAAAGAGUAUAUCGGCCGCGCACCGAUAGUUCGCAGCAAGUUCUACGCGCUCGAGCUAAUUGAUUGCGUGCUCCCACACUCCGGCUACGGACACGUUGUCAUUGGCGGGAAGACCUUAUGCCUGUUAUACCAAAUCGGGACCCAUGAGACCCGUGCACUCGUCAAUGUGCCCGAAAAAUUGCCAGAGGCAGCGCCAGCAGCAGGUGGUGUACGCGGCUAUUUGAAGAACGUCGUGCUUCCACAACUCCCUGAAUGUAUCCAGCCUUCAUUCCGCGCAGCGCUCGAAAAGGAUGACAAGAUCCCCACCAGUAUGCCAAACAGCUGGCUGCCGCCCACGAAGCAGGGCACACACCCAGGUCUAGUGCUCCUGGGCGAUGCGAUGAACAUGCGGCAUCCGCUAACGGGCGGCGGCAUGACGGUGGCGCUCAAUGACGCCAUAAUCCUUUCAGAGGAACUCUCGCCGGAAAAGGUGCCUGACCUAGGUAACUAUGUCGCCGUGCGCCAGGCGAUGGCGGCGCUGCACUCACGCCGUAAACACCUGACCUCUAUCAUAAAUGUGCUCGCCCAGGCGCUAUACAGCCUCUUCGCGGCUGAAGACAAGAACCUCGCCAAGCUACAGCGCGGGUGCUUCGCAUAUUUCGAGAUGGGGUGGUCCGCAGAUCCUAUGGGCUUCCUUGGCGGUCUCAUUCAGCGACCCCUAUUGCUCGGGUACCACUUCUUCUCCGUGGCCUUCGUAGCCAUCUGGCUCGACUGGAAGGAUACGGGGCUCUGGAAGGUGCCCUUAUUGCUGUGGAACGCCAUCAGCAUUCUCUGGACCGCCAGCGUCGUCUUCCUCCCCGUUAUGAUGCAAGAAUUGCUCUGGUAGACAAAUAUUACAGCGAACAAAAUAGGGAGACAAUGAGCAGGCGGUAGAUGACCCAUACUGGGUCAUUCACAAUGUACACUAUUAGGUAAUACGUAAUAAUUCAUGCUCCAGCUGAAAGACGAGUCUUGACUUGGUCAAGCUAGCAGAUCAUAUCCCCCUGCCCUAGGGAGAGGGUGGUAUCAAAUGAAUGAGAUAGGGAUGGGAUGAGCCGAAGAAGACAUAAUGAGUUAUGUAGACCUUUAUAUACGCUUCAAAUGAUAAUAACAAUGUUUACGCAGUCUCGUCAAUUAUUUUCGCUCGAGGUCAUGUCUAACCACGACUGCGUU